AUGCCGAAACGAUCGGGUACCGCAUGGAAGCCACCAUAUGUGGAAGAUGUGGCUCGAGGAAACCCACAUGCCCAAGAGCAACUAUUAGCCUACUUGAAACGAUUUGGGUACUACCAAAACGAACGGGAGGGAACGCUGCAGGCCAUCGAAGCGGGUGUCCGCAACUUUCAGCAAAGCCAUCGACUACCUGAGACAGGAGUCUUUGAGCCUACUAUGUUUGAGUUACUGGGACGGCCGCGCUGCGGUGUGCCCGAUAAUGGCAUAUCAUUCGGAUUUGUUCUCGGAGAGUCAAGAUGGCAGCACACCAAUUUAACCUUCGCCUUCGACAAUUUUACCGCCGACAUCAGUGAGCAGCAAGCGAGAAGGGAAAUUCUGGACGCUCUGGCGGAUUGGUCGAAUGUGACGCCUCUGACUUUCGCUGAGCUACCCUCCACGCAGCCCGCUGAUUUACGAUUCAUGUGGGCUAGUGGCAAUCAUGCAAAUGAACCAGUCGAAAAAGACUUUGACGGGUUGGGUGGAGUGCUCGCACAUGCUUUUUUCCCUCCACCAUCAGGUGGCACGCUUGCCGGACAAAUCCAUUUCGAUGAGGACGAGUUGUGGACAGCAACUGGGCUGCGGAAUGCAGCCCUUCACGAAAUUGGCCAUGCACUUGGCCUAAAUCACUCACCAGAUAAUCUGUCUGUAAUGAGCGCGUUUGUCAACACGCUAGCCAUCAAGCCACUCACGAUGGACGAUAUCGUUGGCGUCCAGUCACUCUAUGGCCAAAGGCCUGUUGGGCCGUUUACUUCUGUUUUUGACAGUGGAGGACAUGGCAUGCCGUCUUUCGAUCUCAUGUCAGACUUCGACCGUGCCUUUGCUUUCGAUUUCGACCACAGUGGAGCGAUGGAUCACUUAGUCAUGUAUCGCCCAGGGCAGCAGGGGCUGAUCACCAUCGUCAAAAAGCAGAGCGACGGUUCGUUCACAGCGGUGUAUACUUCCGAUGCCAUCGGUGGAUACAAAAUGCCGUCCAAUUUGAAUACAGACCAGGCGUUUGCCUUCGACUACGAUCAUAGCGGGUUGCUGGAUCACAUCUGCCUUUACCGUCCAGGACAAGGGAAAUUCUGGAUCAUCGCACAUGAUACAGUAGAUACAUGGCGGGCUGUCUACAACAACGAUGGGACCGGGAUUGGUGGACUAAACUUCAAUCUCGUUCAGGACCGAGCAUUCGCUUUCGACUUCGAGCACAUUGGAGCCCAAGACCACCUGUUCCUUUUCCGGAACGGCUCGGUUGGUGGGAUCCGUAUCCUCAAGAACGACGUAGGUACAUUCAGGGUCGCAUACAACUCAAACAAUGGGUUUCCUGGGUCUGCCACUAUCUACAACCACGUCGCAGUGCCCUUUGACUUCAACCACUCUGGUCUUAUGGACCACGUCAUCAUCUAUCUCCCCGGUAGCCACACCGAUCCGUCGUUCCGCAAAAUCGAAAUCUUCAGGAAUGAUAAUGGCACAUUCAAGCCGGUGCUACAGAAUCCCGACCUGGCCGAUGGCAUCGCAGGCUACAAACUCUUGUCUGUUAACAUUCAGAUGCUAGCUUUUGAUCUCGAUGGCAAUGGGAAAACAGACUAUCUCCUCAUCUAUGACCCGGGUAGUGGCCAGAUUAUCAUCGCAAACCAUAGGGGGAACGAUUUUGUGCGCGCAUACGACCAGGGUGGGUUCGCGGGAGGAGGAAUCGGUAAAUUUGAUCUGAAAGAUCCUCGGGACCGAAUCGUGGCGUUUGAUUAUGACUCCAAGGGGACUCUUGACUAUCUCGUGUGUCUUCGGCCUGGGACAGGAGAUUUGAGGAUUCUGAAGAACGAAAGGACUGUUGUGUAG